GCAUCCAUUAUACAAUGUCCAUGCGUUCAUGCUUCAGCACUGGCGUUUCAGCGUUUGGAAGUACUCCAGUUCAGUGCAGUGCUCAUUUCAGAAUUAAAUUUUGUAUUUAAAUUUUCACUUUUCAGUUAUUUUUGAAUUCUAUAAUAUUAUUAUGGUCGAUGGUUACGAUUGUAUCACAUUUAACGGAAUUAGUAACGCCGUCAUUAUGAGCAUUAUAUCGAUUGUUCGAUAUUAUAAUUGUUAAUUUUGUCUAUCCAAUGAAUUAAAUAUAAUUUUUUACGUUGUCUGUAUAAAAAAUAGUACAUCAGUAUGCUGGUUGUACAGAGUAUUCUUUUGUGUUACGGCAUUGACUUAUUGGAGUAUUUGAAGUCCAUUCUUGAUCGUUAUUUAUGCAAUGGCGAAACGCCUGAUUUGGAGGAAAAGAAAAUUAUAGAAAUUAUCAGUCAACAAUCAUGUGCAUGUACACUGGAUGAAAAUGGCUUAAAAUUUUGGCCACCAUUGUAUGUGCAAAGGUACAUGGUUGUACAAGAAGUUAUUGAACAUCCUAUUUGGAAUGGUUCAAUAAAAAAAGUUGUUGAUUUUGGUUGUUCUGAGAUGGGUUUAUUUAAAUGUAUAAAACCAAUACCGGGACUCAACAAUAUUAUGCUUGUUGAUGUGGAUUAUGAUACAUUGGAUAUAAAUCAGUGUAAGGUAUUACCAACUAAUUAUGAUCAUAUAACAAUGCAUGAACGCAAGGAGCCUUUAACAGUAGAUAUUUAUAAUGGAAGUAUAGCUGACCAAGAUGACAGGAUGUUAGGCGUUGAUGCAGUUAUAUGUAUUGAAUUAAUUGAACAUUUAUAUUUGGAUGUUCUGGAUUCACUACCCAACAAUGUAUUUGAAUUCAUUAAACCAAAAUUAGCUGUAUUCACUACACCCAACGUAGAAUUCAAUAUUCUAUUUCCAAAUUUUACUACACAGUUCAGACAUGACGACCACAAAUUUGAAUGGACUAGAAAACAGUUCAAGGAAUGGGCUAAAAAAAUAAUUGCUCGUUAUCCAGAGUACGCUGUACAAUUUGAUGGUAUUGGAGCUGGUCCUUCUGGUACAGAAAAUAUUGGUUGUUGUAGUCAAAUGGCUAUUUUCUACAGGAAGGAUAUGACAACAUCUCCUGUUAAACCUAUUAAUUCUACUCCUUACAAAUUGUUGAGACGUAUUGACUAUCCACAUGCACCUGAGGAAAAUCUCGGGGAUUGGCCCUUGAUUGAUAAGUUGAGAAAAUUUGUUUCGGAUGCUGCAUGCAACAAGAAAUAUGUUGUUGGUGACAAUAUGAAAAUACCGUUAAAUGAAAUUAUGCCAUAUCUUUCUGAUUGCUGUUCAUCUAUAGAUAAAUUAGAAGAUGUCGCUCGUAAACUCUACUAUACUACAAAAAAUGAUCGCGGAGAAUGGUUAUUGAUAACAGCUUCUUCAGAAUUUGGUUCAGUUGAAUAUGAAUCAGACUCAGAUUCAUUAUCAAAUAUUAGUGGACAAGAGUACAAUCUAUUGGAAAAUACAGUAAACCUUGACGAUGAUAAUGAAGAUUGGAAUGCAUCAGUUGUCUUAAGUUCUGACAAAUCAAAACUUUGUUAUUCCACCCCAAUGACUAGGGAUCCAGAACUCAAAUAUUAUGCAAACAAUAUGGAUAGUUUCAGCACAGUGCAUUCAAAUUCUGAUUUGUAUAAAACAGCCGUUGAUUACAAUAAGAGUAAAGAUACUGAUAAUAUGGAAAUGUCAUCUAGCUGCAAUAGUAGUAUUGAUGAAGACUGUAAUGUUUACCACGGCUUCAGAACUGGACAAAAUAAUUCUGUAAUCAAUGAAGAAGAUAUUAAUGAAACAGAAAAUACAUUGACAGGCGAUGCAAAUAGUCAUGCACUUUCCAAUGAUGGUGAUAAAUUAAAUUAUCACUGUACUGAUGAUAUGGAAAUUUCAUCUAGUUACAAUGGUAGCAUUAUUGUUGAAGACUGUACAGUUUAUCGGGACUUCAAGUCAGGCCGAAAUAAUUCUGUAACCAAGGAAGAAGAUAUCAAUGAAACAGAAAAUACACUGACGUGCGUUGCAAAUAGUUAUUCAUUUUCAAAUGAUGAUGAUAAACUGAAUGACAACAUAAUCAAUGAUAACACUAUUAUUAAAAAUAAUGGUAAUAUAUUAUCUUUAAAACUAAAAUGUAGUUCUGAUUCUGCACGUAAAUUUAAAUCUAAUAAUCCUGAUGAAACUUAUAUCACAACUAAGGAUGGGGUGAAUGAAAUUGAUAACCAACCAACAGUUUGCUUAAACAGGACAUUGCUAGAUGAAAGCGGUUACACAGAAAACUUGUUGUCUACUUCAGAUAAUGAAUUGUCAAAAAAAUGAAACAGUAUGAUUAAAAACUUAAUUUAUUAUUAUAAUUAUUUUCUAACAGCAUUAGAUCUUAAAACAAAUGUCACAGCAUUUAAUUAUUGUCACAACAUGAUUUGUUUGUCGUUUAAUAAUUAUGUUUGUUGAACAGUUUUUUUAUUUUUUAAAUUUAAUUAAUGUAAUGUAUUGUUUUAUGUAUAAACAACUUACUGUAAACUCAAGACUGUAUUUUCAUUUAAUAACUGAUAUUUUAAAUGAGUAGUGAGUAAUGGUAUGUGUUCCCUUUUUUUCAAUAUUUUACAUGUAUGUUUUAAAGAAAUUGAGCUCAAAUUGUUUCUUGUUACUUAUUUUAUAUUUGUAUUAAAUAAUGUUGAUAUAAACUGGAAAAUGUUCUGUUAUUAUAUGUACAUGUUUCUUUUUGAACAACUAAUAAAAAAAAAUUGCAAAUAGCUAA